AUGGCGACAAAUGCACCCCUCCUGGGGAACCAGAGCAAGAAGGGCGGGCACUCGAAGGCUUCCAUUUUCUAUGGAGCUGAUGAGUACUUGGAGGAGCUGAAGAAGAAGUACGCCCAUGACCACGAGAUUGCGGCCAUGAAGAACUUGCUGCCAGGUGAGGCUGAUCCCAAUGCGGCAGGGGUAGCCCAGAGCCAGGACAAGAUGCUGAAGGUGGAAAAGGACAAUGAGAACAGGAGCUUGAAGACCAAGCGUUUGUUCCCGACCGCCAACAAGCCGGACCCGAUGCCACAGAACUUGGCCUUUUUGUUCACCAAGAUCACUCCUGAGCAGAUGAUGUACAUGUGGAAUGUUUUGACGGCCAUCUUCAUUGGACAGGUGCUCAUGGUGAUCGCUUAUUGUGGGGCCCUGGCCACGCUGCCGGACUACUGGUGGACCUGCACGCUGCUCUUCGGGAUUCCCUUUUCCUACAUUGCGAUCCAGCAGAUCUAUAUCGACCACGAUGUCAUGCACGGGGCCACAUUUCCCGUGUAUGAUUGGCAGAAGUACUUGACCCAUCCUUUUGCAGACUUCUUUUCCCUGCCUUGGGAAGAAUUUGUGUUGGAGCACAACCGCCACCAUGCAAGCACGGUGGACCUCUUGAUCCAGGGAGAGUUCGGUUGGGACCCAGAGGAGUUCCACUACGCCUUGCAGCAGUGGGCAGGACCCUUCAGCACCAACUGGUACAAGUACAUCCUUACUGUUCCAUGGAUCCCUGUUAUUCAUUUCUUUGGCCUGAACGACACUGGUUCCCUUUUUGCCCUGGAGUGGUGGAUGCACUUUCCCGAUGAGGGUGCCGGUGGCAAGUGCAACAAGGAUUUCUGGAACAAGUGGGUGCCUCGGCGUUUGUAUCAUAACGCCUUUGUGGUGACCCUGUGGGCUUUGGUCUGGCUGCUGGGCACCUAUCCCUUGGGCCGACCAUUGAGCGAGGGCUGGAGGUUCAUGUUCACCGUGUCUUUCUUUGCUCGAAUCGGUUUCUCGGCUGCCUGGAUGUUCAUCACGAACUUCACCCAUUCGCUGCCUUGGAACGAGUUCUUGGCACAGGAUCCAGGCCGAACAUGGCCAAUCCUACAUAAUGUGAUGGCCUUGGUCUUGGGCGGCAAGCACCGCUGGAAUGAGAUGUUGUUCCACGAUGUCCACCACGCCUUCCCCAAUGCAGUGGGCACGCUGAGCCAGCGUGGCCGUUUCCACGGCUGGGAGAAGGUACAUGACGCAGCAGCCGAAGUCUUGCACCGUGGCCUGUGGAAGCCAAAUGGCGAUGAGGAGACGCAGAUGCAGAAGACGCAGAAGAAACGCUCUCUCAUGAUGAAGCAGGGCAAGUGA